AGAUUACUCGCAGUCGUCACGAUGACUAUAAAUUUGAAUGAAAAUAUUUAGUAUAAAAAUGAUCUGACCUUGCGGCAGUUGAUUUAGAAAUUCGGUUUCGUGAGUGCGAUAAACAAUAUCUGGUUUGUUUGGAAUAUAUUAGAGUCCCUGUUUGAUUUUUAAAUUAAAUCAUUGGUCUCGCCAUGGUUCUUUCUUUAGAAAGAUUUCAAGGUAAAGUAGCUGUAGUUACUGGAGCAUCUGCAGGAAUAGGCAAGGCCAUAGUCGAAGAUUUGGUCAAGAAUGGGAUUAUUGUAGCUGGUUUGGAUAUCAGAGCAGAACGUUUGCCAGAACUUGCUCAAGCACUGAGUAAGGAAAAAGGCCAAUUACACGGAUUCAAAUGCGAUAUGAGAAAAGAAGUUGAAAUCAAAUCAACAAUUCAAGAAGUAAUUAAGAAAUUGGGAAAUAUUCAUAUUCUUGUCAACAACGCUGGUGUACUUCAGUCUACAGAUCUAAUUAAUGGAGAUACAGAAAAAUGGAAAAUUACCAUUGAAACAAAUAUGUUGGGAAACUUGAUCGCCACAAGGGAGGUAGUGCAAAACAUGAAGGCAAACAACACAGAAGGACACAUUGUACAUAUAAACAGCAUCCUGGGACAUACUGUAUCCGACUUUCCUAAUUUAAACGUGUAUCCUGCUACUAAACAUGCGAUUACAGCGCUGGCUGAGACUCUAAGAUUGGACUUCAGGAGAGAAAACUUGAAAAUUAAAAUCACGAGUAUCAGUCCCGGUUAUGUGAAAACAGAAUUACAAAGUGCAUCAGGCGUAGGGGAAUUACCAAUACCACCCCUCUAUGGCCCUGAUGUGGCUGAAGCUGUAGUUUACGCAUUGUCUACAGCACCACACAUAAAUGUUAGCGAACUUCGAAUAGAAGCUGUAGGAAGCUAGAGAAAAAUAUUAGUGUGGGUUUAGAUGCAUCUAAACCGUCGUUACAUUUUGGGGUGACAGAACAACGAACGCUGUGACGGAUGCCGGGAUGCGCAAUAUAAACCCACCUUUAUCGACAAGUACAAAAUAUUAAUUUUUUUAAAUUUUAUAAUUAUAUAAACAAUUUUUUUCAUUAAAAUUAUUAUCUAUGUUCUAUUAAUUAACUAUUUGUUGUGAAUAAAAUUAUUAUUUAAGUUAUUUUGAUUAACUAUGAAUUAGGUACGUGAAUAAAUGGUAUUAAGAAAUAUAUUCAACUUUUUUAAAUUUAUUGUUAAUCAGACGAGCAAAAUCAAACUAGCAAAUUAUCUGAAUCAUUGUUGUGAUCGUUUCGUACAUCAAAAGAUAAUGACAUAUCAUUUUUACUUAAUCAAAAAAUAAGUGUCAAGUCAUCGAAAUAACAAACUAAAAAUGAUAAACACGUCCUUGACAAGACUCUCUGCUAAAUUAAAAUUACAUAAUAAUAGUGGGAGCAAUAUUAUGUGACUCAUAUUUCUCUAAAAAUAAUCCAAAAUUAUAUCUUUUAGAUAAAUAUAUAUUUUUCAAUUAAUUUAGAUGUAACAUGAUGUAACCCUUUUGCAAAAUAUAAUGUAAUUAAUAAAAAAAUUGUCUUG